CCACCUUCGCCAAGAUCACAUGCGGCUGUACAAGGAUAUAUGAACAACCUUACCCACAAACACGCGGUCCAUAAGUGGAUAAGCUUUCAAGCACCGUCCACCAUGUCGGAAGGUGUCAACUUCCCAUGCCUCACGCACACAGCUUUUCCGCCAACUACUGCAAAAUGGGGAACACGGAGGAGCUUGACCUCGUAGUCAUUGGCGCCGGCUCCUAUGGCCUCGCAGCCGCAAAAACAUUCCUGGAGGUGAACCCUUCGGCCAGCAUCGCCAUCCUAGACUCCGAGGAGACGAUUGGAGGAGUAUGGGCGGAGCGGAAGCUGUAUCCCGGUCUGAAGACCAAUAAUAUGCUCGGGACCUACGAGUUUAGUGAUUUGCCUAUGGACACUGCGACGUAUGGUAUUAAGGCUGGGGAGCACAUCAGCGGUGAAGUGGUUCAUCGUUACCUCAAGGACUAUGCGCGGAAAUUCGGCAUCUACUCUAAGAUCCGGUUUCAGACUAAGGUUCUUUCUGCUGAGCAGGCUGGCGGCGAGGGGUGGUUACUCACUGUUACGAAGGGAUUUAGUGAUAAGGAUGCCCUGAAGACGAGCGAGGUGCUGGCGAAGAAGCUUAUUGUAGCCACGGGCGUGACUUCGGAUCCGUUUCUGCCUAGGUUUAGUGGUUCAGAAUCGUUUGGGGCUCCUCUGUUCCAUACUGGCGAUUUCAAGGAGCAUGCGGGGACGCUGGAAUCAGCGAAGACUGUUGCGGUUUUCGGUGGCACAAAGUCGGCUUGGGAUGCUGUCUAUGCCUAUGCAACGAGGGGGGUCAAAGUCGAGUGGAUUAUACGUGAAUCCGGCCACGGCCCGACUUGGAUGGCUCCACCAUAUGUGACACCCUUGAAGAGAUGGCUAGAGAAACUCGUACACACUCGCUUCAUCACCUGGCUCAGCCCCUGCAUCUGGGGUAACUUCGACGGCUACUCUCGCGUCCGAUCUUUCCUCCACGGCACCGCAAUAGGACGCACUCUCGUGAACACCUUCUGGGGCAUCCUAGGCAACGACGUGAAGACGCUGAACAAAUACAGUUCGCACCCCGAGCUAGCAAAACUCGAGCCCUGGAACGACGCAUUCUUCGUCGGCGCCUCAGGUAUCUCAAUCCUCAAUUACGACACUGAUUUCUUUGAACUCGUACGCAACGGCACAGUGUCCGUCCACAUCGCUGAUAUCGAGGGGUUGGCUCCUAAAACGGUCUUACUUACUAAAGGCGAAAGACUGAAAGUCGACGCUAUGGUCUGCGCAACAGGGUGGAAACACCGCGUGGCUCUCGAUUUCCUCCCAAAAGAUCUCGAUCUCGGACUUCCCCACCACACCACCUCCGCACCCAACGCGCACACCAAACAAGCCAACGAAGAAAUCCUCUCCCGCUUCCCCAGACUCAAGCAGCGCCCUGCUGCACGCCCGAAAUACGUCCCCCUGACAGAGAACAAGGGAAUCAGCGACGAAGACCUCGCGCCCCCUGAGGAGACAUUCGAGCCCUUCCAGCACUACCGCUUCAUGGUUCCUCCGUCGACGAUUCGCGAUCGGAACAUCGCAUUCACUGGAUUCCAGCUGACUAUCAGUACCACGAUUAUGGCGCAGGCGCAGGCGCUGUGGAUCGCGGCGUACUUCUCGGACAAGGCUGGUGCGGUUGCCAUUCCUGCUGAUGAGGAGGAGGUCAGGUAUGAGGCGGUGCUGCAUAAUCGGUUUGGGCGAUGGAGGUAUCCGGAGGGGUUUGGGGUUAUUCCGGAUUUUGCGUUUGAUGCGGUGCCGUAUUUGGAUAUGCUGUUGACUGAUCUGGGGUUGGAUUGUCAUAGGAAGAGGGGGUUGUUGAGGGAUAUGUUUAGUCCGUAUGGGCCGGAGGAUUAUAAGGGUCUUGUGGGGGAGUGGGUGUCGAGGGUGAAGAGGUAGAGCAAUUUAGAUAGAUGGCGGAACCCAGGGAGUAUGUGAAGCAAUAUACGAAACGUUGAGUGCAUCAACUCGCGUUGUAGUCCCAAUGAAGCAUGAAGUCUGUAUCCAGGCUACCUUAUUACACGAUCCAAAUGUCAAAU